GCCGCAGGGCUUCACCAGUCACACUGGAGCUGUAAUCAAAGUGGAUAGGUCGAACUUUAUUACCAAGCGUUCGAUAACCAGCUGCAGGAUCUGCCACCUUCAAAUGAUUGCACACACUAGAGAGUUUCGAAAUCCAACACGGGGCUCCCAGAUAUGUUGGUGAAUCGUCGAGGCCUUUCGGACUGAUGUGAAUCUUUUCGUGUUUGUCUUAGGAUUUUCAAACUGAUGGUUUGUGCUACCGGAGCAGCUGAUGUGGAAACUGAAGUGGAUGACUUGACGAAGGAGCUGGGGAGCCAACAGCACAUCUCAAGUCAGCACACCCAAGUCCAGAUCCAGGCGGCCUAGCGCAAGUAAGAAAACCGGUCCAACAUCAACACUCAGCUCCAUCCCUGGCCGUGAGGACAACAAGCUCCCUGACCUAUCUGGACCGGAGCGGUCCCACGAUGGGGAAGACCGGGCAGAGUACAGUGGACUUAAACUCCCCGUCAGAGGUCAAACAAGCCGUCCCCUCCGAGGACCUGGUCUCCACAGCGCCCCCUGCAGAUCAAAAGAAGGAAAAGGAAGCCCCUCCUGACAGGGGAAGCUGGAAGGGGAAAUUUGACUUCCUGCUGUCGUGUGUGGGAUAUGCCAUCGGCUUGGGAAAUGUGUGGCGAUUUCCUUAUUUGUGUGGCAAAAACGGUGGAGGAGCCUUCCUGAUCCCGUACUUUAUGACCCUGGUGUUUGCUGGGAUACCUCUGUUCUUCCUGGAAACGGCCCUGGGACAGUUCACCUCCGUGGGGGGGUUAGGGGUGUGGAAGCUCAUUCCCAUGAUGAAAGGUGUUGGUUUGGCUGCCGUUGUCCUGUCGUUCUGGCUAAACAUCUACUACAUAAUCAUAAUCGCCUGGGCUCUUUACUACUUAUUUAACUCCUUCAGCUCGGAGCUGCCUUGGCAGAGCUGCGAUAACCCCUGGAACACCGAAAGCUGCUUCUCCAACUACAGCCUGACCGACACCACCAACCUGACCAGCGCCGUCACAGAGUUCUGGGAACGCAACAUGCACCAGAUGACCGACGGACUGGAGACGCCAGGAGAGCUGCGCUGGCCUUUAGUGGGCACCUUGGCGCUGGCCUGGGUUCUGGUCUACUUCUCCAUCUGGAAAGGGGUGGAGUGGACGGGAAAGGUGGUUUACUUUUCCGCCACCUACCCCUACUUCAUGCUGUUCAUCCUGUUCUUCCGCGGCGUCACGCUUCCUGGAGCCAUCGACGGCAUCCUGUUCUACAUCACUCCCGACUUCAACAAGCUAAUUCGAUCUGAGGUGUGGCUGGACGCGGCGACUCAGAUCUUCUUCUCCUACGGACUGGGCCUGGGCUCGCUCAUCGCGCUCGGAAGCUACAACACUUACAACAACGACGUCUACAGGGACUCUAUCAUAGUAUGCUGCAUUAACUCGUGUACAAGCAUGUUUGCUGGGUUUGUUAUCUUCUCCAUUGUAGGAUUCAUGUCCUACAUCACAAAGAAACCGGUGCAGGAACUGGCAGCGUCGGGUCCGGGUUUGGCAUUUCUUGCCUAUCCUCAGGCCGUCACCCAGCUUCCCAUGUCUUCCCUCUGGGCCAUCCUCUUCUUCUCCAUGCUCAUGAUGCUCGGCUUGGACAGCCAGUUCUGCACAGUUGAAGGAUUCAUCACAGCCCUCAUGGACGAGUAUCCCUUGGUGUUGAGGAAGAGGAAGAAGCUCUUCAUCCUCAUCGUUUGUUUCAUCUCCUUCGUCAUUGGCUUCUCCAACAUCACUCAGGGCGGUCUGUAUGUCUUCAAGAUGUUUGAUUACUACUCUGCCAGUGGGAUGUGUCUCCUCUUCCUCGUCUUCUUUGAAACCAUCUCCAUAUCCUGGUUUUAUGGAGCCGAACGAUUUUACAAAAACAUCGAGGACAUGAUUGGUUAUCGGCCGUGUGUCUGGUGGAAGCUUUGCUGGCUCUUCUUCACGCCUCUGAUCUGCCUGGGGGUCUUCACCUUCAGCGCCUUUGAAAUGACCCCCCUGACGUUGGGGAAGUAUGUGUAUCCGAUGUGGGGUCAAGUGAUUGGAUGGUUUAUGGCUUUGUCUUCAAUGGUCCUCAUCCCAGGUUACGUGAUCUACAUGUUCUGCACUACCAGAGGCAGCAUCAAACAGCGUUGGCGGAAGAUGACAACUACCCAGGAGGACGAGAAGUCAUCAGGGCAGGAAGAAUUCACGCACACAGGAAGCAUGGGUGAAGCUCCUGUGUAGCCAGGACUGCUCGGGUUAAACCGUUGUGACUGCCAGGACUUAAUGUGAUCUCUGCUGAAAUGUGAAUAAAAAAGAAAAAAAAAACAAAAAAAAACAGGGCAACAGAAAUCACUAGAGGAAAAGCACUUCGCUCGCUCGACUCCAACCCACGUUGUGCUGGAAACCUUUUUCGACAUGUAGUGGACGUUUGCAUUUAGAAGUAAAGACUCUGAAGACAAACUGAGAAUUUAUUUAUGAAUGAAACUGUGUAGAUAACCCGCAUGCACCCUGUUAUUGGCUACAAUUAUGUAUUAUCCUGGGAUAUGGGAUUAAACAAAACACACAAAGUAGCACAUCGUUACGAAGUAGAACGGAAAUUAUUAAAGGUUUAACUGUUUUCAUGAAUCAAAAAUAGGAAAGUGUGGUAUACAUUUGCAGUAAGCCCCUUUUACUCUGAUACCUCCAAGUAAAAUUUUGUGAAACCAACUGCCUUAAUAAGUCGGGUAAUUAAAGUAUUCCUGUGAGUGACUUGAUGUCAGCUUUUGUACAGGCCUCAGAGGUUUGCUAAACAACGCUAAUGAGCAAACGAUACCAUAAAGACAAAGGAACACGGCAGCCAGGGAUAAAGUUGUGAAGGAAGAGUUAGUCAUAAUUGUAGCAAAAGGCGGUUCAGUGAAGUAUUGAUCCUGGGGGAUUAGGUACAAACGCACAGCAUACAUUUUUGAUUUUCAUUUGUAAAAAGUGUAUUUAAAAAAAUAAAUAAUAAUCAAGGGGUGUGGACAGUUCUACAAGGCACUGAAUCGACUUUUGCUAUAAUGUGUUCAUUAUAUAAUCCUUACAAGUUCCACAGAAUUACCGGAGUAUUUCUAAUUCAAUUUAAAUGUAAUUACAUUUUUUUUUAAACAUAUGUUUAGGUUUGACUUUAUGUAUAUUAAGGAGUGUUGUUUGCAAUGUAUUUCCGAUAUUAGAAAACUAAGCAGAUCUGUAUUUAAAAGAAGACGCCAUGUGGUGUUAAAACAUGCAUCUCCAAAGUAAACUUUUUAAAACUCAAAUAACAUUUUCUAGCCUUUUCACAUUCUCAGAAGUCCAAUGAUCAGAUUUAUCUCAAGGAUCUUAAAACCUUUACAGGCUGCAUUACAAUCACCUACAGGUAGCAGAGACCUUCCCAUUAAAUGGCUAAUAAAACAGAAACGGUAGGUCCAGGGCAAACCCAUUUGAAUAUUGUGCUUGUUUUAUGUGCCAGUUUCGGUGGUCCUGUCUGGUGCACGAAACAGGUUGCAGUUACAGUACAGAAACAAAGGUUAGACGAAAAGCAUUACAAGGAGGAUCUGAUCAGAACUUAAGACAGCAGCAGAUAGACAAGAGGAGAAUGAAAUGGCUAGGAGGUGGGGUCACUGGGAUUGGAGCCAGUUGAGGCCAGUUGUCUAAGUGGAAGCAGCGGAAAACAAACUGGAUCAAUUACAGAAAACAUUAAACAUGGAAAUAACAUGAAAAAAACCAAACACAAAACUUGUCAACACAAUAAGAAAACACAAACCAACCUUCCUAGUACGUAUGGAUAAAAAAUUGGAUAAACACCGAAAGGAACCACUGAACUUUGUGGGGAUUUUUCUUUUUAAAUAUAUGAGCAUCUUUUUGUCUGCUUGACACUUAUUGUUUCUAGACGUAGAAAAUGUACAAAUUUGGAGAUGCAUACUUUGAAACGAUGUGAUUUUUGUAUAUAUGGAUUGACUGUACUUCAGCUUUUCAUGUAACUAAAAUAAAAAAAACACUACACAUAAAUACUUUGUUCAGCAUUGUUUUACUAUUGGUAAUAAGACACAUUUUCUAACAAAACAAACAACAAAAAGCCACACCCUGACAGUUGUAGUCAAUUCAGAAUAUUUUGUUGAAAUGUUUAUUCCCAGAAUUCAUAAAAGAUCCUAUAAAGUGUAAGCUUAGUUGAAAAGAAGCCACAGCUUGUGAAAACGUCACUCUUGAGAUGUCCGUUUUGAGCGGCCAGCUUUCAGAACAAAACUGAUGUCAUUGUCUGUCAUAGUGACUAGUACUGUUAUUUAAAGAUCAGUCUGACUGUUUCCCACUCCUUAAACACAUACGCUGCCUGGGGAUAAUGUUAUUCAUACUCGUUAUGCUGUUGCCUGCUUAACAGCGGUUGGUGUUAUGUGAAAGCUGCCCGAUGUGCUUUGCUUUUCCAACUUGGGUCUUUAUAAACAGCCACUCGUGGCGCACUGCUGUGAUUCUGGACCUUAAAAAAAGACCUGACUCUGGGAGACCAUGAGUCAUACAUAGAUGAAUCAAAAGCCAGAGGCUUUGCAUCACCGUCUGAAAUCAGUCAUGUUGACCAUUACAAAAAUCUAUUUAAAUACAAGAUUUAGUGUCUGCAUAACUUGCCAUUGUUCUCAUGGCUAUUAAAUCCAAUAAUUGAGCCAAAACCAUGUUGGUGAAUUCACUUAAAUAAUCUUUAAUUUCAAGUUGAUAUACUGUAAAUACAGGUAGAGGAAUGAUUCAACUGAGGAAGAUGGUUUCACCUGUGUGGCCUCAAACGUGUCCUCCGUUUCUACACCUUUCUAUAUGGUAUUGAGCAAACACAGUGAUCGACAGGCCAUCGAGAUCCAUUCGUCAUUAGCUGAUGAAGGUGUGCACUGGUAUGACAAAGCCCUUUUGAAAGUUUCUUCCUUACAUGUUCCAUUUGCUACACUUUCAAAAAUGCUACAUUGAACUUUUCACUCGAAUCCAACCGCUUAGUGCGUCUCGCGCUCACGUUUAUUGCCCAGCCGUCAAAUCUGUGCUCCGAAAUUCCUGAAACACACAAUGUUCAAACUGAGGACCAAGAAACGGGUUGGCUAAAAACAAAAGGGGAACAUGGAACAGGCGACUGCUCUGUCACGAGGCACUGAAACUUACUGUUUUGUUUCGAGUCUUUUUGAGGGCGUUACCUAUUAAAAACCAAAAACAUCACUUUUCUUAAAACAUGUCACUCAUGCCUGUUAAGUUCAAGCCUUUUUGGAAUCAGGGUUCAAUCAAUACAUUGUCAAACCAAUGCCAUGCAGUACAAAAAAAAAAACAAACAAGAAAAUUCAUCCUAUUACAUCUAAAAGUUGUCUCAAACAAACAAAUGAGUACAAUCAUCAUAAACCAGUGUAUAAUCCAAAACUCAACGUAAUCUGCUAAAAUUCAUUACAUAACCGCUGAAAGUGUGUUCCAAGCCAGUAAAAGUAUUAAACUAAUCAUCGGAGCUGUUCAUUCAUUUUGAAAGUGCUAAUUCCUCUCAUUGCAUUAUGAAACAACAAUAAAAGCAAUCAGUGGGAUGGAAACAACGGGGCGGAUGGAUUUGUUUAAAAUGAACACUCAUCAACUCUGCCUACUGGAACACAAGCCCACUUUUUUUUCCUUUUCUUUUUUGUUUUCCCCACCGCUGUCUUUUCACAAGGUGAAAGUCGGGAGGAGGGGCAGGGGGACA